AUGUCUUUAAAAAAAGUGUGCGUCGUGUACGAGACGGUCCCGUGCCGGGCGCUGGGGCUGGUGCUCAGGUACGUGGGCGGACGCGUCCUUGUCACCGAGGUGCUGCCCGAGAGCCAGGCGGAGCUGGACGAGGUGGUGCUGGCCGGCGACGUCCUCGACGAGAUCAACGGCCGCUCGCUGAGGAACGCGUGCGGCGGGCAGGCUGGCGCAGCGCUGCAGAAGCUGAAGGGCCAGCCGCUGAGCUUGCGCCUGCUGCGGUGGCGGUGGCACGACGGAGGGGUCUUCGCGCCCCUGCUGCCCUACCUGAAGGUGCUGAAGGAGAAAGAUCCCGGCUUCCAGCUCCAGCACGGCCCCCGGCGCGCGGCGCGGCGGGACCCGCGGCGGCUGCAGGGCGGCAGGCUGCUCUAUAAGCUGCGGUACCUGGGCCGGACCGGCGUCGGGAAGGCCGGUGGCAAGGAGGUGCUGGAGCAGGGCAUCCCCGCCGUGCUGCGGAGGAGGUUGCCAGCACGGGAGGUUUUGUUUGAUGUGAAGGAAACAGAAGUUCUCAUACAGGAGAAGACUUCUUCCAAGGUCCUGUUCCGCUACGCGUAUCCAGAGAUCUCCUGCGUGGGACGCCGCCUGGGCAGCAGCAAUUUAUUUGCCUUCUGCAUUGCCGUUUCCCCGGAGAGCCCUGAAGGGAGCACAUUUGACUGUCUAGUGUUUGAAUCGAAUUCUGAGCAAGAAUGUGAAGAAAUUAUCAAGAGAAUUGCUGCAGGAUUUAAACACACUGAAUGGUUUGUCUGAUAAGGGAGAGCAGUGGCUCUAGCUGUGAGCUUCCCCUCAGCACUCUGGUGACCCAGCCCUGUUCACAGCCCAGCCUUAGUCUGAAACACGGGAGAUCCUGACAGCGGCCGCCUUGGAGUAAGAUGUAGGUUCCGCCUCUUAUGAACUGGUAUUUUUAAACUGUCAGGACACUGUUGUGGAAGGAAGUGCUUUAAAUGCAUCCUGCCUUAAAGACUUACACAGAAGACCAAUGUUGACUUACUGUUGUCCACUCUCCUUUUUGCAAACUACUGCUUUUUCAUUUUUUCCAGGAGCUUUAAUUUCAUCGAAAUAAAUCAAAAUGGACUAAUUUCA